AUCAAGGUCAAAAUGGCCUAGCCCCUCACUCUGGACUCCUGCUUUCCAGCUUCUAGACACCCGCCACAUCUAGGUGUUCCUCCUCGACUCCCUGAACAGUCUCGGGUGUCUCUAGCAGCAAAUAUUGCCUUUUAUUACUUCAUGAUUAGCUCAUCCUCGGAACCUCCUCCCAGCAGCCUGUGAGACCACAGAGGAGGUAUUUGGGAAGGUCAGAGCUAUUGAGUCCCAGUACCCUUUCAAUCUUCCAUCUGCGUUGGCACCAGUGCUCGCUGUCUUCUGGCCAACACCUCUUGGGACAGGAAAAACCGAGGACCCUUUCUUUACCUUGUGCUUUCAUUGUGGAUCUGGAAAGGUGCGAGGAUCCUGGAUUCCCCACAUCCUUCUAUUUAGGGCAGAAAUCUGAUUUGCUUUCUGUCAUUCUGACUCAGGGAAGAAGAGAUGUUCUGAGGAAAGGGCCUACCCGUGUUAGCUAGCCCACCCUUCCUCCAAAGGGCCCCAGCUCACCUUCUGGCCCUCCCAUCUUGUCUAUAAUUUUAAUUGCCACUUUUCUUUGAUGUUUUUUGGAAAAUGCUUCUUUGACUUUUGAGUAGGUCCCUUCCCCAAUGGUCUUGCCCAGCUGGUACCCAUUGGAGAGUAGAAAGUCCUCCAUGCUGUGUAGCGCCUCCUUCUUGUCACCCUCUCAGCUCAUGCUGCCUCCACGAGGCAGCUCUACUCCACCAUCGCCCUUGGCCUGCUUCUUUUCCCCCCAAGGACUUCAUUCACAGCUGCCUCCAGGGCUAGAACAUUCUCCGUCUGGACACAGCCACAGGUGGUGGGGAGGGAGAGGACCAGACAUUUUUAAACUCCUGUCCAAUUGUGAUGUAAAUGCUGUGUGACCCUCAGACAACAUGGGCAGUGUCCCUACUUUCCCUCACCACCACCAGCAAACCCAGCAUGGGUUAAGUCAUUCUUGAGUAAGGCACGGAGUGGUAGCACUGCUGGGGAACGGGCCUGGGCGGCUGUGUAGGGCAGGGAUGCGGGGCUUCUCCAUGUGGGCUCCGCUUCCAGGCAGGUCACCCUCGCCUCCGAAGUCCCCAUCCAGCUGUUGGGGAAGAGUGCAAACCGGUCACCAAGGUGCCGUCACCAGAGCCCUCUGGCUUCAGGCCCGGGCCUUCACUAAAUGCCUGAACGCUCCGGGACUGCCUAGAAUUCCAGCGAGGAACAGGCUGUGUGAGGUCAGCACGCAGAGACCCGGGUCACAAUGCAGUCCUCCCCUUCGACGCUGGGGCCCGGGCGCGCAGCAGACACCUGCCAGGCUCCGCCUGGACCGGAGCGUCCUCCCGCGGCCAGGGCUCGGGCAGUUGCUUCCAGCCUGGGACCGGCCUCGGCCUCCGGCAGAGUGCCCCGGGGCCUGGACAUGAGUGCCCAGGAGACCCCACAGGGUCGAAGAUUCCCCAUUGAGGCCGGAGACUCCCCUGGCCUUGCCUCCGCCCCCGAGUCCCAGGAUAGCCCGGAGCCUGUAGCUACGGAUCAAAACCCUGUCAGGCCGCUCCGACGCUGCCCGGGCUGCCACUGUCUGACGCUGCUGCACGUGCCCAUCGACGUCUACCUGGCCAUGGGCGGGAGCCCCCGGGCCCGUGCUACCUGAGUGCGCCUGCGCACGGCAGCUCUGCAGGAGCCGGGACGGACGAGGCCAGCCGCGGGCCACCACGCUGAGGUCGCACGCGCCGAGCACGAGACAAUGAUGCACAUUUUAAAAUAAAAGAAUGAUGCACAUUUUAAUAAAGCACAGCAUAAACUGUUCUUUCCA